CAGCUCUGCUGGCAGUUGGAUCCAUCUCUGACCGGAGCCCCAGGAGUUGGGUCGAUCCAGUGACAGACACAGCCAUGGCCCUGAGGGGACCCUGCCCCUUGCUCUUCCUGACCCUGGUCCUGCUGGCUGUCUGCCUGGCUCAGCUCAGCGAAGGCGCCAGCUACCAGCAGUUUGUGACCCGACACUUUGACAGCCCCAAGACCAGUGCUGCCAACGACCGGCUCUACUGCAACCUCCUGAUGCAACGCCGUGGCCUGACCCGUGUCUUCUGCAAACGCCGCAACACCUUCAUCCACGCCCCUGCUGGCAAGCUCCAGGCCAUCUGUGCCCGUGGAGGAACACACGUUAGCCUCAACCUCUACGACAGCCUGGAGUCCUUCAACGUCACCACGUGCCGGGCGCUGCCCCGCUCCCGCCCGAGGCACUGUAGAUACAGGGCUGCAACUGGCAACACCAAGAUCCGUGUGGCCUGUGUCCAGGGGCUGCCUGUGCACUUAGAGCCGACGUACCUGCCAUGAGCAGGGGAUCCCCCUUCUGCCCCCCACCCCCGCUUUGAUCCUGGGCAGCCCUCUGUUGCUGGGGGCUCCCUGUCCCCCUACCUGCGCGUCCUGGACAACGCCCGCCAUGAGUCUCCACAGGGACUUUCAGUGCCUCCCCUUAUCCCACGGGCCGGCAGUUGGGGCUGCGGUGGGAUUUCCCAUGCUGGGUGCCCAGUUCCUAUUCACACGAGUGAAAAUCCGGGUGCCCAGCCCCCCGGCUGGCACUGAGACCCUCAGCCUGAGCCCAGCGGCUGCCUCGCUGAGCAGGAUCCAAACAUAACUGGCCUGGACUUGGGCUGGGGCUGCCCCGGACAUACCAGGAGCAAAAGAGGCCAAGCGGCUCUGAAACCUCAGAACCAUUUCAUUGGGGGGCCCACUUUUAGCCCCCUGAAUCUGACCAAAAUUCCCACAAACCCCUUGGAUUUGUCUAAACCUGUAUGACUGGAUCUGGCCCCGUUACUGGGGGAUGUGGAAACCAGCUGAGCCUCGCAUGGCCAGACAUCACAGGGCUAAGAUGGGAGGAGGGCUGCUGGGCCGGGUAGAAAUGAGGGGCUCUGAGGGCACCAUGGGCGAGGUUAACUCCUGUUCCUGUCAUCCCUCCCGUCCCCCAGAGCUCCCCAGGCAGUGAAAUUUGCUAGGCCGGAGCUAGGGUAGAACCAGGAGGCACUCGGGGUCUCGGUCUGGCUCUGACGUCUCCCAUGUGGAUAUAAGGUGAGGCUGUGACCGGAGCUGAAGGGGGAAGCAGAAGGGGGGUUGCAGUGGGGUGGAGCGAUGCUGUUGGGGAGUUUGAUUCUCUGGCUGCCACCCUUAAUACAAUGCUGCCAACGCA